AUUUUCUUUGCGUAGAGAGCUGGAUCUAUUGUAUAAAAUCUAGAUUAGAUCUAUUUCAAUUCAUAUUCUUAUUAAGAUAACAUGAAUCAAAACGAAGAAAAUAACUUAGAAGCUUCAUUGGAAGUGUAUAAAUUGCAGCUGUCACAAGUUGAACAAGCAAUACAAGUAGCUGGGGAGACCCCAGAUUUAAAUCAACUGAGGGAUGACCUACUAGAACUUAUCAAAUUAACUGAAGACAAUUUACUGCAGCUGAAGAAAGCAAGACUAUUAAAAGCUCUUGAUGAACAGAGUGUCCCUGUUGGUUCAACAUCUACAUCAUUAGAUGAUGAGUUUGCUGCCUUCCAGUCAUCUUUGGCUGAUGAGUUAAGCCCAGCAAACUCUAAUAUAGAUUCUUCAUCGACCAACCAGUCUACUUCACACUGUGCAGGGGCUUCAUCCUUAAUAGACAAAGACCCAGACAGUUUUGAUAGCUCUGAUUCUGAUGAUAGUGACGUUGAUGCUGCUGAUGGUAGUUCAUAUUUUUCUGAUUUAAUUGGGACUAAGUGUAGGGCACCUUUUCACCAUGAAUACGGAGGUCAUCAUUACGGCAAUGCCAUGAUAUGGUCUGCUGAUCCACCCUCUGACAUCACUGAUGCCAAAGAGUACAUGGUGCGUGUAAUAUUUCUGAAUCCAGUUCAUCCGUCUCUCAUUACCUGUUCCUAUUAUUUGGAUGGACAGUGUAGGUUCUCAGAUCAGGACUGUAGACGUUCUCAUGGUCAUCCUGUUCUUGUGUCAGAGCUGAAACCAUUUAUUGAACCUGACCACAGUAAAAUUAAAGAAGGCUGUCGGUGCCUGGCUAAGUUCACAGAUGAAGUUUGGUAUCCAGGAACAGUUGUGGAUAUCUGUAAUGAUCAUCAGGUCAAUGUCAGAUUUGAUUCUCAAAAAGAAGAGAGUACAGUACUGGUGGAGCAUGUGUUACCUCUAGAGAGUGAAAGUGAUAGUGAGGAUGAUGAUGAUAAAAGUGAUGAUGACGCCCACAGGGACACAGCUAAGUCACACAACGAUGAUGACGAAAGGCCAGCAUACAUGUGGACACCAGCACAGACCACUGAUAAAAUGGGAGCUUGGGAAACACAUACGAAAGGCAUUGGAUCAAAACUUAUGGCCAAAAUGGGUUAUAUCACAGGUCAAGGUUUAGGACCAGAAGGUUUAGGGAGAGCAGAACCUGUGCCUAUAAUGUUACUGCCACAAGGUAAAUCUCUGGACAAGAUCAUGGAGCUGAAAGAGAUGUCAGGCAACGAUGACAUGUUCAAUGCCAUGAAGAAACUGGAGAAAAGACAGAAACUGAUGGAGAAGAAGGAGCUAGAGAAAGAAGAAAGGAAGGAAAGGAAAGACAACUGGGGAGUCUUUGGAUUUAUCAACAAUAAACUGGGAGAUAAGAAAGAUACAAAAUCACGAAGUCAUAGCUCGCAGCAUUCACUGAACAAGAUCACACAUUCUACAGAGAAAGAACUGAAUAAAAGAUCAGACAAUGAGGUCAAUGUUCAGAUUUUCAAGACAAGUGAAGAAAUCAAGUCAGUGGAGAAACAUUUGAUACAUCUCAAACAGCAGCUGGCUCGGAACUUAUCUAGAGACAAAAAGAUGGCAGACACUGUACGGGAAAAGAUUAGGCAGCAAGAAAAAUAUUUAGGUCAACUCAAGACAUCAUCGCAGACACUUGAGACACAUAGAGACAGAAGGAGUGCUCACAAAAAGCUGUCUUUAUUUUAAGACAUUUUCCACAAAGUUUUGACUUAGUAAAUUUAGAAAUAUAUUUAUACAUGUAAUGAGCAUUCUGUAGGCCAAUCUUGCCUUGUCUAGGGCCCUUGGACGAUAUUUGGCCAAUGGCGCUGUGAUUUCCGACCCAGCGCUGUGAUAUCCGGCCCUUCAAGCUAUCUGCCUACAGUGCAUGAUGGAGCAUCAGAAGUUCUUUUUACUUGACAAUGUUUCUGCAAGGAUCAGUGAACACCUUAUGAUUGUUGUGUUUGUUUUAGAAGAUAUCAAUGACAUUUUUGGUUUCUGUGCUGAAGUUGUAAUAGAAAAAAAAGUCUAUUUUAUACAUAAAAACACUUGAAUAAAAAUAGUAAAAUGAAAAUCAUUCUACUUAGUAGCAUGCAAUUUUCACUUUUUAAAAAAUUCUCUCUUGUUCCUUUUAUGUUUUAUUUUAUUAAUUCUAGUCUUUAGGAUGUUAUUUACAAUUAAAUGUAAUUAAUAAAUAAAUAAUGUAAUUACAGUUAGAAAUAUAUUGUGAGGCUGACACCAAUGAAAUCCCAGUGGCUCACUUCUUAGAGUCACAGUUUUUUCAUUCCCAAUGACCCAAUUCUUUCAAGUUUAGGUUCAGAAGCUACAGAAAUGUUAAAAUGCAAUGUUCCCCUUUCAGACCUAGUGAUCUAUGCAGGGCCGGUCCUACAGGUUGUGGGGCCCUAUUCGAAACGGAUUGCGCGGGGCCUAAUUUGGGUUGUGAUAAGGAUAAUAUGUGAAAAUUAAGAUUUUGUAUUAGAAAAUAAAUUCAUCUUUGCAUUUUAUUUAUAUUUUACUGAGUACAAAAUCAGUGUCAAAUCAACUUUACGAGCCAUCUACAGUAGAUAGUAGUUUUCCAACAAAAAGCCGAUAAAUAUUCAGAUUUGCCUUUUAGAUUUAAAAUCGACUAGCAAAAUAUUGCUUUUUUUUUUCUAAGAGGUCAAGAUAGAUUUAGAUCUAUAUUUGUAUGCCAGAGACUAUUAAAGUAAAUUAAGUAUUUUAACUUCUUGUUUUGGUUUAAAUUUGCCUUAUUAUUACAUUUGUAUUACAUGAAAGUUGACAACAUUUUGUCUGUUAUAAUGAGAUUUGCAUCAGUUUUCACAAAUUUUCAUGACUUUUCUUAUAUUUUUUAAUUUUAAGAGAAUUCCUGGAACCCUUUAAUAAUAAGUUAAAAUGGUUUAAUUUAAUAAUUUACACCUAGAAUUUGCAUCGCCAGGGCCUAUGAAAGAGCGGGGCCAACUGCGGCCACAUAGGUUGCAGUGGCCUAAGACCGGCCCUGGAUCUAUGGGGCAGAUAGUGUAAAGGUCCACGGCCCAGGAUAAUGAGGAUGUCAUGUCAUGGCCAGCACAACUACCAACCACUUUUACAUUUUUCCAUCUAAUGUCAAGAUACCCAUUAGGGUUGGGUGGACUCAAGAGGCACCCUGAAGAUCCCAAAAGUAAAAAUCGCAGUCUUCACCGGGAUUUCAACCCGGGACCCCCAGUUCAAAAGCCAAGCGCUUUACCACUCAGCCAUUGUGCCUCCCAGUGUGACUGUGGACAGGGGCAAGUGGUGUUGAAUGAUUGUAAUAAUGUAAAAGACCAAGAAUUUAGAAGAGAAAGAAACAUUUAAGAACAUGAGUAACAUUGUGUAUUUUGUAAACACAAGUAAAAUACAUAUGACAAUACAAUUUACUGUUUGUAAUUUUUUUUUAAAUGACAU